CAGCUGUCCGGAUAUCAAAAGAACACCAUUGAAGAUGCUGUAAUACUUUGUAUAUAAAAGCUGUUAAUUGCAAUACAAAAUUCUUUUGAAUAAAAAGAGGCACAGCUGGAUGAAGCCAGGAUAUAUAAAUACGAAUUUAAAUUGUCAACUUUAUUCCUUGGUUUAACGAGCAACAGAAUGGACGCUAAAUGGCUGCUUGUUUUCAUCGGUAUAGUUCAGACCGCGUUCGGUAUGAUGAUAAUGCCAUCGAUUGAGACAGAACUAGUACAUGGGAAAGAAGUAAAAUUCUGCACACACAAAGGAAUUCGUCUUCUUCCAGAGUCGAACUUUAUCGACUAUGACGAGUGUACGAGAUGUGAGUGCUCCGACAUAGGGCUGCGUUGUAACGGCCUGAGUUCUUAUCUGUUUGCCCUUGAUGAGUCGCAAUGCACCAAUGUGAAGAUAGCCUGCCAGAGCAAGUGGGUGCUCACGGCUGACCCCACGCAGACGUGCCCGGAGGAUCUGAUUCCACAAUAUAUGGAAGCGGUUGAAAAAUAAUAAUUUAAGUGUCAGUUUUGUGACCAAACAAAGAUUUAUAUAUAUAUAUAUAUAUAUAUAUAUAUAAUUAUUAAUGAUUUUAUUAAUAAAUUGUGUUCCUUCA